AUGUACAUUACCCACGUGUUGAGCCACAUACGAUGCCAAUUUCACAUCCUCAGCUACAAAAGAGCGGAGCGAUGGCGGGGAGCUGCUGAUUUCAGUCGCUUUCUCCUUUGCAAGAAUAUUUACUUAGAAUGA